AUGUUAAGAUCGUCAUCACGUUUAAUUCUCAGACAGGGUUUACAAUCAAUCAAGUCAACUACUCCUCGUGUACUCCGAGCUCAAGUUCCCAGAUCUGUUGUAUCUUCUAGAGCCAUUUCACAAUUAGCUCAUGUCAAGACCCCGCCAAAUUUACAAAACGAACCAGUUAAGCCAUUUGGCUUCAACGAUGUUAAAGAUUGGGACUUGUUACGCGCUUCAAUUACUAAAUUCACCGAUGAAGCUAGUUUGAAAGUACCUUUAGUUGUUGGUGGGCAAAAAAUUUAUCGUGAAGAAACUAAACAACAGUUGAACCCAGCUAACCAUUCACAAAAUUUAGCUGAUGUGUCACAAGCUACUGUGCAAGAUGUACAAGCAGCUAUUAAAGCUGCUAAAGCUGCUAAGGAAUCAUGGGCAAACACACCAUGGAGUGAUAGAGCUGCUAUUUUCCUUAAAGCGGCCGACUUGAUUUCAACUAAAUACAGGUAUGAUAUGUUGGCGGCAACAAUGUUGGGACAAGGUAAAAAUGUUUAUCAAGCAGAAAUUGAUUGUGUUGCUGAAUUGAUUGAUUUUUUCAAAUUUAAUGUCAAGUAUGCAGAAGAGUUGUAUGGUCAACAACCUUUACAAACCGCACCUGGUGUUUGGAAUCGUGCUGAGUAUAGGCCUUUGGAAGGUUUUGUUUAUGCUGUUACCCCAUUCAAUUUCACUGCCAUUGCUGCUAAUUUGGUCGGCGCACCAGCAUUGAUGGGUAACACCGUUGUUUGGAAACCAUCAGCAACAGCAGCUUUAUCAAACUACUUGUUGUUGACCAUAUUGGAAGAAGCAGGUUUGCCAAAGGGAGUUAUCAAUUUCAUUCCUGGAGAUCCAGUUGAAGUUACUGAUGUUGUAUUGAAUGAUCGUGAUUUUGCUGCAUUACAUUUCACAGGUUCGACUGAUGUUUUCAAGAAGUUAUAUCGUCAAAUUAGUGAAAAUGUAUCAAACGAUAAAUACAAGGACUUCCCAAGAAUUGUUGGUGAAACCGGUGGUAAGAAUUUCCAUUUGAUUCAUCCAAGUGCUUCGUUGAACCAUUCAGUUUUGUCUACUUUGAGGGGAGCCUUUGAAUAUCAAGGGCAAAAGUGUUCAGCAACUUCAAGAUUAUAUGUACCAGAAUCAAUAUGGCCUGAAUUUAAAGAUAUCUUGUCGGCUCAAAUUGAACAAAUCACCAUCGGAAACACCUCAGAUUCUAACUCAUUAAAUGCAUUUAUGGGACCAGUUAUCCAUGAACAGUCGUUCAAAAAAUUGGCUAACGCUAUUGACAAUGCCAAAUCCGAUCCAGAAUUGGAAAUUGUUACUGGUGGAUCUUACGAUUCAAGUAAAGGAUUCUAUGUUCAACCAACAUUGAUUAAAACCACUAAUCCAAACCACGAAUAUUUGACCAAGGAGUUUUUCGGUCCAAUUUUAACCGUUUACGUAUACCCAGAUCAAGAAUAUGAAUCGAUCAUCAAAUCUAUCGAUUCUGUUACCAAAUACGGAUUAACAGGAUCCAUUUUUGCGAGAGAUAGACAAGCAAUUAGAACAGCUGAAGAGAAAUUGAGAUAUUCCGCCGGUAAUUUCUACAUUAAUGAUAAAUCAACCGGUGCUGUUGUUGGACAACAAUGGUUUGGUGGUGCUAGAGCUUCAGGAACUAAUGAUAAAGCCGGUAGUGGUAAUAUCUUGUCAAGAUUUGUUUCAGUUAGAAAUGUCAAGGAAAAUUUCUAUGAAUUGGCUGAUUUCAAGUACCCAUCAAACUACAACUAA